AAAGGCCUGCUGCCCUUUGUUCUUAAGCACCUACAACAGUAAACAAAAGGGUCCAUUUCAUUAUAGCAAAGCAAAAAAAGCAAAAGAUAAAGUGAAAAAUAUUGAAGAACAAGAAGGGUUUUUUUGUUUUUGUUGUUGUGAAGUUGAAGAAAACAAGAAGAAAUGCCAAAUCAAAAGCAAGGAAGUGAACAGCUACAAACACUGAUGCAAUCAGGGCAAAUUUCAGGGUCUUUGAGUUUUAAUGGGACUUUAACUAAAGAAGAUGAAGAGAUGUCAAGGUCUGCUCUUUCUACUUUCAAAGCUAAAGAAGAAGAGAUUGAGAAAAAGAAAAUGGAAGUCAAAGAAAGAGUUCAAGCUCAGUUGGGUCGGGUCGAAGAAGAAACUCGGCGUUUAGCCAUUAUUCGUGAGGAACUAGAAGCAUUAGCUGAUCCAAAGAAGAAAGAUGUUCAAAUCGUUCGGAAGAAGAUUGAUGCUGUCAACAAAGAGUUAAAACCCCUGGGACAGACCUGCCAGAAGAAGGAAAAAGAGUACAAAGAAGCUCUUGAGGCGUUCAAUGAAAAGCACAAGGAAAAAGUACAGCUAAUAACAAGAUUGAUGGAGUUGGUGGGUGAAAGCGAGAAACUGCGACUGAAGAAGUUGGAGGAGCUGAGCAAGAGCAUAGAAACAAUACGCUGAAUAACCAGUAAAACUUCCCCUGACUAAUUAGGCUUGUGUGAUAUAUCUUAAUAUUCUAAGAAAGUGAAUUUCUAUUUAUAUAUGGGUGUUGGUGUUUGAUUGUAUUUCAUCUUCGUGUUCUUUUUCUGCGUAUGUUGUCUGAUCAUUUUAGCCCUUUGAGGGAUGAUUAUUGUCUAAUUUUAGGUCUUAAAAGGGAAAAACCCUGUAAACAGGUUUGUAACUAUAACAAGUCUCAAAACUGUGGAUUCUUUUGCUUUUGUCUUCACAUCUCAAUCUUUUGCUGUGGUGUUGGUUUGGA